CCUCCUUUAAAUUCCAAACCUUCACUUUUCUCUUUAAAUACAAAGCAUCACUCUCUUUGCUUCCUCAGCUAAAGCUUCACUCAUAUAAAUAUAUCCUCUGUCGAUCUCUUCUAACAUUCCAUAUACCACCAGCUUACCCAAUAAAAAAAUAAUAAUUCUAGCUCUGGCUAUUCCUAUAUAUGUUAUUAGCUUAUAACUCGAUCUUUACUUCUUGGCUCUUACUUUUCAGCUAAGUGGAGAUUUCUUGCUUCUAAGUAGCCAAGUGUAGAAAUUGUGCUAAUGUUGCUGGACAUGAAGUUCUAGCAUCUUAAAGGUAGCAAGAAGCAUAAUAAUUGUGUUGCCUGUUGUAACUGUUAAGGGAGGAGUACAAAAAAUGGAGAAUGGUUGGAGCUGGGAGCAAAAGACAUUGAUUACUGAGCUAAUCCAAGGGAUGGAACUAGCAAAACAGUUGAGGGCUCAUUUGAAUGCAACAUCAUCAGUUGAAACUAGGGACAUGUUAGUACGGAGGAUACUAUCUUCUUAUGAGAAGGCUCUCUUAAUUCUCAACUGGGGUGGAUCAAUGGGACAACCACAAAAUGCUGGAGUCUCUGCUGGUGUUCCAGAGUCCCCCAUAUCCAUUAACGGAAGCACUCGAAGUGAUGAUUUUGAUGGGAGUGUUAAGGAUAAUCAGGGCUAUAACGAGGUCUCAAAGAAGAGAAAGACCACUUCCAGAUGGACAGAUCAGGUUAGAGUCAGUACUGAUAAUGGACUAGAGGGGCAUCAUGAUGAUGGCUUUAGCUGGAGAAAAUAUGGGCAGAAAGAUAUUCUAGGAGCAAAAUAUCCUAGAAGCUAUUACAGGUGCUCCUACAGAAAUACUCAGAAUUGCUGGGCUACAAAGCAAGUGCAGAGAUCAGAUGAAGAUCCCACCGUAUUUGAGAUCACAUACCGAGGAACGCACUCUUGUGCUCAUGGAAACCAAUCAGUCCCAUCACCGGAAAAACAAGAAAAGAAACGAAAGAAUACCAAUAACAACUGUCAACAACAGCAAUCACAGCAAGCCCUCUUUAACUUCCACAACAGCUUAAGGGUUAAUACAGAGGACUUGGACAAUAAAGAGAUGGUAUCUCCCUUCUCUUUUCCUUCUACAAAUGGAUGCACAAAGAGUGAGGGCAGUUUUUCUCCAUUUAUAUCUCCAGCCACACCUGAACCAACUCACCACUCACUUUCACCAUUCCAGAUGAACAAUUUUGUAGGAGUUCAAAAUUUGCAACAUUUGGAAUCGGAUUUCACCGAUAUAAUUUCAGCCAACACAUCAGCCACCAAUUCUCCAAUUGUGGACUUGGAUUUCUCACUUGAUCAAGUGGAAUUGGAUCCCGACUUUCCAUUUGACUCACCAGGAUUUUUCUCAUAAUUUCAUCUACACACUGGAAAUAAGAAAGGAAAAGGUGCUGCAUUUGUGUGCAAUUCAACACACUGGCUGGUUGUGCCUGUGGAACCUAGCUUGUAUUAUAAAUGAGGCGAGGAUGCAUGUAAAAUAGGAUUAGCUAUGACAGCAUUGCAAAAUUUUGAAGUUUCCUAUAAAUAACAUCUGUAAUUGUAUUGCUUCUAAA